AUGAGCCGGCUCGCUCGCCUUCUCUUCCGCGGCUACGAACGCGUCGAGAACACAGGCUCUACCGCGCGCGACCACCUUGCCAACGAACGCACCUACCUCGCCUGGACACGCACGUCCCUCGGGCUCAUCGCACUCGUCAUCGGGGUAGAGCGCUUUGAGCGCUUCCGCGCGGACCUCAAGGCGCAGAUGGGCCCCGCGUCCCAGUCCCAGUCCGCAGAGCUCGAACACGCACAGCAGGUCAAACACGGGCGCCAUCUUGCGGGGACGCUACUGGCCACGGGCGUGGCGACGCUCGUCAUGGGCACUUGGCGAUAUUAUGCGACGCUGCAAGACUUGCAGAAGGGAGUGUUCAGGCCGAAUGUGCAGGGCGUGGCGAUGGUCGCGGUUGGGUGUGCGUGUGUUACGGCUGCGGUGGUUAGAAGUGAGCUGCGGUAUGGCCAGGUCGGUGUCUGGGAUAUUAUGGACUGUUUGGGUUGUUUGUGA